UAACAACAGUCGUUGCAAUGAACUCAACUCUUGUGAUUCUACUUAUCUCGGCCCUGGUUCUGGUCCAGGCCAGGAAUAUUCGUUUUUCUGAGGAGGAUAACUCGUCCCAAGUUUCACAUCCGCACUCCGUCAACUGGCCCUGUGAUGUGGGCCACUUCCCCGAGGCCUACAUUCUGAUGCACAAGGUGGAUAAGCGACUGGAACGCAUUGACGACGAGAGUACCAAGGAAAGGAUCGGAAAUUACGCCGUGAGUCAGUUGAAGCAGUGCAUCUUGGAUGGCCAGAUGGACGUGCACUGUGUUAGGCGUUCGAUUGGAUUCACCAUGUCAUUCAUUCACCACCAAAUGAGCCUGGCCAAUGGAAUGUAAACUUAAAACCUGUGGUAAAAUAAAUCGUAGACAUAAACUAUAAAA